UCUAACAAAUACUGUGCAAAUCUGCAAACGUUUUCGAACCCGAUCAUUGAGGUCUCUCAAUUUCUCUCGCUUCAACUGCGCAGGGAGAGAUGGGCAGUAGAUUCGGAUAUGCAUAUCGUCAUGAGUUGUGGAUGGAUGAUGAGAUAAUGGAACGAUAUGCACCCCCUGCAUAUCCAAGCAGGAGUGCUACUGGUCACUCCCAAUGGAUUUGGUAUGAGUUCAGAACCAAGUUCGUUGUGGAAGACGAAGAAGGCACGCGUACUGCUCUGGGUUCAGAGAUGUUCAAUGCCUGCUGCUUCAGCGACAUGCAUCUCUUAUUUGUAAUGGGUGGCAGGCUAUGGGAUGAGUACUGGAUGACAUUGGAUGAGGCUCAAACUCUGUGUCUUUCUGCUAUGGAGUUUGCCAGAGAGAGGGAGGCCUUUCAUCCUACCCUAGCUGUUGUCCCUGUUGUGGUGGAGAUUGAAGUCUGCACUGUGCAGCAGGCAGGCGAGGCGAUCACUGCCACCUUUGACAGGGCAAUCCAGCCUGACCGGCUGCGCCCAAUUUCCUUGCACAUAGUGGAGGGCACGGAGCCCUGCCCGGUGGGACCAGUGCCCUCAAGUUACUUGCGCAGGCUGCCCAAGAUCAGAGUGGAAAGUGUGGAGCAGGGGUGGGAUCUGAUGGAUGUUUGUGGCAUUUGCUCGCGCGGUGCCACAGUUGGGGACCGGGUAACACAUCUCAAAUGUAACCAUGCUUUUCAUUUGCACUGUGCUGUGAAAUGGCUGAUGGGUAGCAAAUUCUGUCCCUCCUGCAAUGCCCAAGAGUACAACAGGUGGCCUCGCAGUGACAAAACAAAUAUAGUUUUAGAAAAGAGUGGCAGCACAACUUGCUCACUUACCUACCUCGAUUUGUAAAUCUGUAUUUUGGAAUAACAUUACACUAACACCGUAAACAAUGUGAUUUUUUAGAAGGGAUAAAAUAGUUCAAUUCAU